AUGAACGCAUUAGAGUCAGCAAAUGAUACCUUGAGAUUGACUUGGACACUCGACAUUAGCCAAUCCAAGGGCGUGAGCGUGAAGCAGCUGACACUGCUUGAUAGUAAGGAAUUCCACAUGACCAUCUUCGACUGCAGCGGCGUGACCGUCCAAGGCGUCCGGAUCAUCGCGCCGGCCGACAGCCCUAACACCGACGGCAUCCACGCCAGCCACUCCCGCCACGUGAGGAUCCUCAACACCACCAUCGGCACCGGCGACGACUGCAUCUCCUUGGGGCCCGGCACCUGCGACAUGCUCAUCAGGGACAUCAAGUGCGGUCCGGGCCACGGCAUCAGCAUCGGGAGCCUGGGAUGGCAGGACGGUGAGGAGGGAGUGAGAAACGUGACGGUGGACAGGGCGGUGCUGAAGGGCACGACCAACGGCCUCCGGAUCAAGAUGUGGGCGAUGCCCAACUCCGGCUCUGUCACCAACGUCUCCUUCUCGCGGGUCACCAUGAACCGCGUGGCCAACCCCAUGGUCGUCGACCAGAACUACUGCCCCCGCAAGGUCGACUGCCCGGGCAAUAGCUCGGGGGUGCAGAUCAGCGACCUGUCGUACACGGACAUCAAGGGCUCGUCGGCGACGCCCGUGGCGGUGAAGUUCAACUGCAGCGGCACCAACCCCUGCAGCGGGAUCAAGCUCAGGAACAUCAGGCUGAAGUACCGGCACCAGCGGCCGGCGCAGGCCAAGUGCCAAAACGCCGGCGGGUCCACGUCCGGAGAGGUCACACCGCCGAGCUGCUUCUGACGAUCGGAGUUCGCCGUCCGGCCGAGAAGCGCGAGCGUCUUCUUGAUUCGUUGGGUUUCUGUUAAUACUUGUCUUAGCUUGACUGUUUCGUGUACUACUACU